AUGACUGCACUGAGGGAGGCAUGUUCCAUCCUUCGAUGGUCUGAGAAAGAGCUCAGAAAUAAGCUCUCAAUAUGGCGAGGCUACAGAGAGAUCAAAGACGCAGGAGGCUGGGCAAGUCUCAUCUUCGCUGGAUCCGGUAUUUACAGAUUCUGCAAAUACCGCGGCGGCUUCGGCAAGAACCUCACGACAAGGCUCGAGAAGCUGCGGCCUAGUCUCGAAGUCGCAGCCGAUACCCUCCACCCCGAUUGGCGAGACCUGCUGAGCGUCAUCGGGCAAGAGUCGCAAGCACUCUACACCGGGCAUCCGCACGACUGGGUGGUAUGCGACGGCAAGGAGCCCGUCACUCUCAAGUCCACAUACACCCAGUGGUACCCCGACUUCGAGUUCACGCACAUCGAAGACUCGGUUCUCGACCCAGCGGCGUGGGGCAGUGAAGACCCGCGCCGUGUGUCUAGCAUACGAACAAUGUUCUGCAACGAGUGUGGCUAUUUCCAGUCCGGCAACGUCUCGAGUAAUGAGUGCCGGUGCUUCCCGGAGCUGUAUGGCUCUUCUAAAGCGCAGGUGCCCGUGCAGGUAUUCCGGACGCCGUUGGGGAAGAACAAUGGACUCAUAGCGCGCUGCGACCUCCCUCGCGGCUCUGCGAUUGGAGAGUUCACAGGCCUGAUCACGAAAGGGAUGGACGGUAUAGACGUGAUGCAAAGCGGCAGCGACGAACGGAAAUACCAAAUCUUCCAAGGGAGAAUGGGUAACUACACCCGCUUCAUUAACCACUCAUGUGCACCCAACAGCCAGUUUCAGAAAUUCUCCUGGUUGGGGACCGAGCGCAUUAUUUUGGUCUCGCGAGGAGUCGAGGCCGGAUCUGAGGUUACGGUUGAUUACUCACAUGAGUACUGGGAAGGGCUCGACAAGAAAUCAACCAUGGCAGCAAAUAUCUCUAAUGGGUACAAAGUCGUGCGAAUCCGCGAGGAGCGAUUUGACGGCGGUAGAGGCGUUGAUUUUCUAGGUUCCAGCACUGCCCCCUUCUAUCUCGUGAACGCUGGUCAAAAUCUCUUCUAUGGCGAGGGUACUGUCAACUCGGGUGGCGAUGGCUGUGAUCCAUCCGGUGUCGACGGCAAGAAAAGGCCGAGAGCCUCAACUAAUAGAAAGUCGAUUCGGGGCCUCGAGGACCCUGGACUCCCUCCAGGCGAAGAUUCACCGCCCCGGCAGACACCAAAACAAGGCCCAGAUACCGAUCUCGAUUCCAACCUCUCUAGCAUCUCGUCAUCUCAAUUUACCGAAGAUGAUCUUGCGUCCGAUUUGGAAGGCCCCGGUGACAAUAGAGAGGAAGAAACAGUAACUCCAAGCAAGAGGGAACAAAAUAGCAUCCGUCCUGCGCCGCCAAAUAUCAUUGACAAUUCCAUCAUAAAGCCCAUACAAAUUCCGAAACCCAUCAAGAUCCAUAUUGACUUCAGCCGCAACUCCUCCUUCAAUCCAUCAACUAGAUCCCGCCAAGAUGUGUGCGUCAAUGUGUUUGUCAACGGAGAGUUUGUGUACUCCAAACUGUUUCGUGCGCAGUCUUUGCGCGGAUCCAGAGAGAAUGCCUACCCAAAGAUCGCGAUUGGUGGUCGGCGGGUCAGUAAAACACUAGAGGUCCCAUGGAUUGUCCUACCAAUACGCGCAGAAUCCCCAACUGCUGGUGUUGUAGGACAAGAGGAGACAGGAGAUACACUGCAACCCAGCGUAAACGUGGCUCAGGGCAAACCCGUGGAAUUGAAUGUGCCGGCUCUCGAGAGCUAUAAUGGAGAUUUGAUAGCUGAGUAUAAGAGAUGUAGCCCGGCCGCUACCACCUUCGCUAUACCUAAGCCAAUCUCAGAAGAAGCAUCUCCAAUACCUCCGUCUCAGAGCAUUUCGAGCGCAGAAUCCAGAUGGGAUGAGAUCAAUCAGAAUCUACUUACGGAGGCUGAGAAAUGGGGCAGAGACGGCGAAUUUGACGUCUUUCGAGACCCUGUAGGAGAAUACCUCGUUGAAUUAUCGAAGUUGAAAUUCCCGAAGAAUGCAAAGCUGGCUGAUGCCAAUAGUCGGAACAUUGGCGUAAUGGAUGUUGUGAUCUCCCUAGGCCGAUCGCAGGCCUUCACGGAGCAUCAAAGCAUCUUAGAACCCCAAAGAAAUCUCACAGAGGCUCAUUGGGGCAAUCAGUUGUUCAGGGCUCCAAACGAGUCCUCCUUUCGGGGGUCCAGUGCACCAAGUGCAGCGAGUACUGCGAACUCCUCAACCGAGAAUCACCAUCGUAAUACCACUGGUGGGUCAAAUAGCAGAGCCGCAGGAGCAGAGGCGGCCCAGACAGAAACUCAAGAGGGGCUUUCCAUGAGCAGUAUGCCACCACCUGCCUCAGCAGUGUCAGCUAUCUCAUUGAUUGCUCAGCGUGGUCAUAUGAUGAGCACUGAUCCCCAAAUUGGUCAUCACCCGAAGACAUCCAGGAAUGUUCCGCAGAAAACAUACAGAGGUCUGAAAUCCAGUCAGGAAGAAGAAUCCGAAUGGCCAAGCCGCUCAACCCGUUCUAGAGUAUCCAUGGGUAGCCCUCCUGCACCACAGAGUAGCCAAGGAACAACAGACAGUAUUCUAAAAACAAGCAGACAAACAACCAGGCCCCAGCGAUCUGCUGCAUCAGGGUCACGAACAGCAUCAUUAUCAAAAGACGGAUCUUCCGAUAAAGUAGACGAGUGGCGGCGCCAACCUGCUAGGUUCUCUGGCUAUUUGUACACCAUCAUUCGAAAUUUUGUGCCCUCUGAGCCGAAAAAAUGGACAAGAGAAAGUACCGACAGAAAUGGCUACGAUGGUAUUGGUGGGGAUGGCAAGACUCCGAUGAGAAAGAGACGCUCAUCUGAUGUCCCGGACGAUGCUCCUGAAGCAAAAGUUGCACGGCUCGAUACCGAGUUCAUGAAAGUCAAUGCACCAAACAACUCUGAGUCUCCUAUGGCACUGGAAAUAGGUACAGCGAGCAGUGGGAUGCAAAGAUCCGAAGUUGAUUUGAUUUCACCCACGAUCGACGAACCUGAGCGACAGCCGAGUGAAGAGACCCCCAAGAGGAAGAGGUCGCAAGUGUCUGUGUCUAAUCGAGAGCUCAGUUCCCUUUUAUCACCACACAAGGCUUCGAAGAUUGUUGAUGGUUCCUUUGGGGAAACUUUUGAUAAGAGCUUUCGCAGACCAACCAGAAAUGCGGCCGCCAACCUCAAGCAAAGGCGAGUUACUGCCAAAGUUGAAGGUCAAAUGUUGAUAGCCAAAGGGCUUCGGCAAGAUGAAAUAUCCACGUGUAGCCCCAAUACGCCGACUGAGCAUUCUUCUACUGAGAAACGCGUCAAGGAGGACUCAUUUGGAAUUGAGCUCAAGAGCCAUCCUAAUUUUGUUGGCUCAGUGCCUCCACAUUCGCAAGGCUCAUUUUCCAAGACCUUGGAGACUUUGCCUUCCGAUCCUGAAUCUGAAAGGACCCGACCUGUGGGCCACGAGGAGAAUUAUCACUCUACCCAGGGUUUCGCAGCUUCCCGCCAGUUGAAGCGUCCUUCCAUGGAUCUUCGACAAGGUCAGGCUUCAAAAUCCAAGACCAAUUUGGCUAAAGGCUCCAAGCCACGGCAACCAGAGCUGGAAGCUAGAAAAAGUCCUGAGUUCCAUCCGUUUAUCGCUCAAAGUCUUUUAGAGAAACCCAAGAAUACGGCAAUAGCCUCGAGCUAUGUUUCUAAAGCGAUCCUGCCAGCCAAAUCUGGAAAAGUAUCUGCAGGCUCUAGAGCAAAGGCCUUUCCAGGUACAACAGGAUCUCGGGCUCUAACUCAGAGCCAGGCGGGACCUAACACCAAUGACUCUUUACGCUGUACUGAAUCUCAAGAUACAUCACAGACUGAGGCGACCGCUAGCCCCAGGGAACUUCUAGAUCCAGCCAGAUCUCCAAUUAUGAACAAGCAGGCUUCUGAAACCAGAACCAUCGAGGUCCUCGAUGCUAAGGCAGAGCGAGCAGCCGCUUCUAUCGGCUGGCGACCGACAGUUCUUUGCCAGGAUUCCGUUCUGUCGUAUGUUGGCGACGAGAAAACGGCCAAGCUGUUGGGAAUAGAUUUCAAAAAGAAAGAAGGCAAUUUCUGCAGGAAGACUGGUGCAGAUCGAAUGAAAGUGUUCCGAGCUUGCACGAUACUGAUGGGUGUACGAUACGUAUUUGGACUGGAGUCAACGGCGGAGAAGAAGUAA